AUGGGAGGCAGGAAACAGCACAGCUGGCGACAAGGUAAGGACAUCCAAGAUUCCGGUGCCUCAAGACGCAGAACACCCCUUGACUCCGACACCGACAUGUUCGGCAGUCCAUCACUGUGGUGUAAAAAGAAGAAAACCCAUCAUCACCACAGGGAAGCGAAAGGCCGCCGAUCGGAAAAGGGCGUAGGCCUAGAGGAGCAGCCGCGGCAGAAGCACCGCAUCUUGCACUCUCCCUUUGCCCGUCUCUUCGGGAGGACUUCUGGUCACCGUCAUUGCAAAAAAACCACACCGACGCGCGAACCCAGAACCGGGCAUCGGCGUGGACUCGGUUGCAGCACGCCUCCUCCCCCUCCUCCUCCGCCGCCUCUCAAACUUUCUUCACCAUAUACUACUCCCAAGAUAUAUCGUCGUGGCCGAUCGGUCAUGCAAAGAACGCCAUCAACACGAUCAUUCCGUAGAACACCAUACCAGACACCAACAUCUCGCAUCCAAGAAUCUUCUAAUUUUGGCGCUUCAAACACCCCAAGUAUGACUGCUUCCUUGGGAACUCCCUGCCCAUCAUCAUCUUCAUCAUCCGUGCCCCUCAAUAAUGCGACUUGCGAAUCCUGUAUUACAACGCACCACCUCAAUGCCACCCUCCGCCAAUCCCUCCUUGCUUACACGCGAGACAUGUACACAAUCCUACAAAGAUGGUCUGACGACGUUGGUUGUGGAGAGGGCGCACAAGGGUUUGUCACGGAUCCGAUGGAGUGGCAGCCUGAAAAGGCGGCGGUGGUGAUAGAGAAGGAGCGCCGACCGAGCGAGAUGUGUAGGAUGUUGAUGAAAAUAGGGAGCGUAGAGGACUGGGUUGGAGUUAUGAGGGGGUUAGAGGAGAAGGAAGGAGGGGGCUUGGGGGCCCAAAGGAUGGAAGGGGUGAAGGAUGGGGGUGGAGAAGAAGAGGGUAGUGGACCAUGGGCGGCGAUUGGGAAUGAGACAAGAGGCGCGAGUGGAAGUGGGGGGUGGUCGGGAUACCGGAGGAUGGCUGUGGAUCAGGGAGGCGGACAGGGUUGA